UUGUUUACCUUCCUACGCAGUUUUCCUUUUUUUUGUUUGUUUGGCCACAUCAUUGAGUGGGUUUACGGUAGAGUUUAGUAACUUUUGAAUUUUAUUUAUUUAUUUUUUUGCGUGCAAUGAAUCGCUAUUCAGCGAAAAUAAAAAUCAUGUUAGUAAUCAUGUUAAAUUGUCAGGGGACUUUUAUCGUUCUUAUAACAAACGAUUGAGUAUUCAAUUUAGAAUAAUCCGUUUAAUUCAUAUUAUUGGCCAGUUGUAUGAAAUACAAGUCUUACAAGUUAUUCGUCUAAUUUUUUUAACUCAUACUUUUUCUAAAAUCAGAUGAAACGUACAUUGAUCUCCUUUUAAUCCAAAAGUAGUGACUGUGUGUUUAUGAUUCCAGUCUGCCUGAUUAUGAAACUUUUUUGUUGCAUUGCGCGUUUUUUGUUGGUAUUACGGUAAAGUCUGUCAUUGAUAACGCUCAGCCGAUAUGACAUGUUACACAGCCCAGAGCCCACAGUGAGCAGCUCAGCCUCAGUCCGCUCGGUAUACAGCGAUCAGUGGGAAGAAUCGGAAGAACUGGUCAUGAUAACACGUACAGCCAGGAUGAGUUCUAAUGAAGAUAUUAUCAUGGCGAUUCCCAGAGAGCUUACACAAAACCCACUGCGGAAAAUAUGGAUGCCAUGCAAGAACGGGUUGCCGGAAAAACACAUUUUUCAAAAGAAAGUUUGUAUGACCAACUGUCCUACUCUCAUUGUGACGGUGGGCUUGCCAGCAAGAGGAAAAACCUACAUCUCUAAAAAACUCACACGCUACCUCAACUGGAUUGGUGUACCAACAAAAGAAUUCAAUGUGGGACAGUAUAGGAGGGAAUGUGUGAAAAUCUACAAGAGCUUUGAAUUCUUUCGUCCUGAUAAUGAGGAAGGACUGAAGAUAAGGAAGCAAUGUGCGUCGACAGCACUCAAUGAUGUCAGACAGUAUCUCAGUGUUGAGGGUGGCCAUGUUGCUGUGUUUGAUGCUACGAACACAACCAGGGAACGGAGGGCCACCAUCAUGAGAUUUGCAGAACAAAAUGGAUAUAAGGUGUUUUUUGUUGAGUCUUUGUGUGAAGACCCCAAAGUUAUUGCAGAGAACAUUGUGCAAGUAAAGUUGGGAAGUCCUGACUACACUGACCGUAACACUGAAGAAGCCAUCCAGGACUUUAUGAAGAGGAUCAAAUGCUAUGAAAACAGUUACCAGCCACUGGAUGAAAACCUAGACAGAGAGUUGUCAUACAUUAAAAUAAUGAACGUGGGUCAGCGGUAUUUGGUGAACCGCGUGCUCGACCACAUUCAGAGCAGAAUCGUUUAUUAUCUGAUGAACAUCCACAUCACGCCACGCUCCAUCUACCUCUGUCGUCAUGGAGAGAGUGACCUUAACGUCAAAGGUCGCAUCGGAGGGGAUUCAGGCCUGUCGCCCCGUGGUAAAGAGUUUGCUCAGAGUCUAGGGAAGUUUAUUCAGGAUCAGAAUAUAAAGGAUCUCAAAGUGUGGACGAGUCAGAUGAAGCGGACCAUUCAGACCGCUGAAGCGCUGGGUGUACCGUACGAACAAUGGAAAGCGCUCAAUGAGAUUGAUGCUGGUGUAUGUGAGGAGAUGAUGUAUGAGGAGAUCCAGGAAAAUAUCCCUCUGGAGUUCGCUCUCAGAGACCAGGACAAAUAUCGGUACCGCUAUCCUAAAGGAGAGUCUUAUGAGGAUCUGGUCCAGAGAUUGGAGCCCGUCAUUAUGGAGCUUGAACGUCAGGAGAAUGUGUUGGUUAUUUGUCAUCAGGCUGUCAUGCGUUGUCUACUUGCCUACUUCUUGGACAAGAGUGCAGAAGAGCUUCCGUAUUUGAAAUGUCCUCUACACACAGUCCUGAAGCUUACUCCUGUGGCUUAUGGCUGUAAAGUGGAGUCAAUCUAUCUUAAUGUAGAAGCAGUGAACACUCACAGAGACAAACCUGAGAAUGUGGACAUCUCCCGUCUGGCAGAAGAGGCUCUUCUCACUGUUCCGGCCCACUAUUGACCUGUGACAUCACAUCCUGUUCAUCAGCAACACUCCAUCAUGCUCUUCCAUCCUUUUUAUGUGACUCCUCUUAUUGGUUUCUUUGUGUUUGAACAGUGGGGGAAAAUCAGUUCUGAGUCCUGAAGAUGAGCAACUUUAGGCCUUUACAUUUGUAUUUUCUCUUUUCUCAAUUGCCACAUAGGUGACUGGAAUCCAGUUAUUGAUUUAUUAACCCUAGUGUUGGGGUGUGAGUGUGCGUUCACGUGUGUAGGUCUGCUUGCAUUCGAGACUGGUUCAGAACAGAUUUGAAUGAGAUGCAAGUAUUGUUUCUAUACAUUUCUACUUAAGAUUUUUGCUAGAACGCUUUGUGUUAUGUGGGACUAAAUGAUCAGUGCAGGUGUGUGUCUUCACAUAAUGACUGUUUACUGCUUUUGUUUUUUGAUUUGGGUUCUGGCUUCACAUUUCUUUAAGCAAUACUUUACAUCUCAGUCAUUCACACACUGGAGUGUCAAUUAAGUAAUUUGGCUUUCAUUUAACACUAAAUGCAAUUCAUAAAAAUAGAAUACUAACUUUGUUUAAAACAAAUGACUGCAGAUUUAUCAACACACAUGGACUUUACUUUGUACAGUGUUAACCACCGGGAUGUUUCAGCUCCUUUCAGAUUUGUGAUGCGAGCGUUUUAAAAAUGCUCAAAAUGUAGCAAGAAUUUUCAAACAUCUUACCUCGGUUACAUUUCCUGCAGGAACAAAAUAUAAUGUUUACAUUUUAAGUCUUGUCACAAUAGGUGGGUGAUAUUUCUAUUUUAUUUUUGCACAUUAAGCAUACUUAUUUUCUUUGACUAUUUUUGACAAAACUAUUUCUUAAAUCUCAACUAUAUAUUUGAAAUUGAUUUGUGCUUUAAUUUUUUUUUUUUUUUACUUUACUUUACAGUCUAGUGUUUAAGGAGAUUAAGUGAUUAAAGUGUUCAUCUCAAUUACUGUCAUGCUUAUUACUAGGAUUAUUUCUUUUUCAACUAUUAUUUGAAGAGCACCUCUGAGAACUAAAUGUGAAGAGCUCUGUGAAUCUGUGACGUAUUCUGUCCUGCAGGUCGCUGUGAUCAGUAGGGCUGAAUAUGCUAAUGUGCUUGAAGCUCAUGGUUCUCAAAUUUGAUGCACAAUGUCACAUUUUUUCAUUAAAUCAUUCUGUCAUGUAA